UACUGGGGGCGGGGCUUGACCUAAUACGUGUAUGAGGAAAGAGAGCGCAGAAGCGACGCUCUCGAUGGAAACGUAACUGCGCAUGCGCAAGCGCGCAGAAGCGAUCGAAACAUGGCGGCUGGCUCUUGCGAAAAGUACUGAGAUCCUGUCUGAAUUUCAACCGAAUUCGCCCAGGUCAGGAGCCCAAGUGUGUGUGUGUGUGUGUUUUGUAACGGUGUAGCAGUGUUGUCGAGCUCCGGUAGCCAAUGAACAGCAUGGGAAGGACAGCCCUGAAAGAUCAGAAGGAGAGUAAGAAGGAGAAGGCAGGCAGGAGUCCUCCUGUCAGCACAGGACCUGCACCUGGUAAAGAUGACGCAUCUCAACUAUUCAUUACUAGUCAUGUUGAGAGAGCCCCCGAGUCAUUCUUAUGGGAAGAUUAUCUGAAGGAGACGUCGUCCACACCUGCCUCUCCCAGCUGCUUCAGACAGUCUCGCAUCCCUCCAUCAAAUGACUUCAAGCCCGGGAUGAAGCUGGAGGCUCGCGACCCCCGUAACUCCACCUCCGUCUGCAUCGCCACAGUGAUGGGCAUAACGGGCAUCAGGCUCCGCCUACGCCUGGACGGCAGCGACAACACCAACGACUUCUGGAGACUGGUCGAUUCCUCGGACAUCCAGCCAAUAGGGACGUGCGAGAAGAAUGGAGACAUGCUGCAGCCCCCUCUGGGGUUCAGGAUGAACGCCUCCUCAUGGCCCAUGUUUUUAUUGAGGACUCUGAACGGGGCAGAAAUGGCUCCAGCAUCUGCGUUCAAAAAGGAACCUCAGAGGCCCUCACAAAACAGUUUCAAGCCAGGCAUGAAGCUCGAAGCGGUGGACAAGAAGAACCCUUAUCUCAUCUGCCCCGCCACCAUCGGCGAGGUCAGAGGUGAAGAGGUGUUCGUGAUGUUCGACGGCUGGAGGGGAGCGUUCGAUUACUGGUGCCGAUACGAUUCCAGAGACAUCUUUCCUGUGGGCUGGUGUGGGGUGACCAAACACAGCCUUCAGCCGCCUGGGAACAGCAUCACCCUCCUGAAGCCGCUGUCUGCACCUUCAUCGUCCACUUCCUCCUCCUUCACUUCUUCGCCGUCCAAGCAGACCCGGCGCUCCAUGCAGUCUUCGUACCGCUUGCCAACACCGCUGCCCCAGCUGCCCGUGAGGAAGGGCGUGAGGGGCCGGCGACCCAAGAGCGAGACCAUCGCCCUGCUCAAGGCGCUGGCGGCAUCGUCAGGCUCUCAGAGUCCGGGGGAUCCGAUGAGUAUGACGGUGCCCGAUUCUGCCCCACAACUCCUUCCUCGGCCUCACAAGAAGAGAGGACCCAAACCAGGCAGCAAGAGGAAACCCAAAUUCUUGCAAAGCUCCAUGUCAGCACCAGCAGGCUCAGACUCCAGACUGGCGUCUUCUCAGGUGUCCAGGGACGGCCUGUCACCACUGAGCUCUCAAUCCUCUGUCGUGUCCACAGUUUGCAUCUACGUGAAUAAGCACGGGAACUGCGGCCCUCACCUCGACCGCAAGCAGGUGCAGCGGCUGCCGGAUCACUUUGGACCCGAGGCGGUGAACCUGGUGCUGCAGCAGACUGUGCAGGCGUGUUUGGACUGCGCCUAUCAGCCCAAAGUGCUGCUGGGAUGCCUGCAGAGUCAGCCAGACGGAGGAGAGGUGGUGCGAGUUCGGACGGAUGGAGGGACACGGAUGGUGAAGCUGCCCUCAGCGUCCAGUGGCGCCUUCGUGCUGCGCUUCCUGGAGAAAGUGUGUCGCCACCUGCAGUGUGAUAACCUGUUCAGCAGCCAGCCGUUCAGCCCCUACAGCAGCUACGACAGGAGUAAGUCAGUGAAAGAGGAGAUUUCAGAGGCUCCGGCACUAAACAGAGGAGUAAAGCGAAUCUCACGGGACUCUCCACCUUACUCCGCCCCUCUUUCUCCAAAGAUCCUCCACACGGAUACACACCCUUCCGAAGCCGAGACUCUGCCCCCAGAAGAGAACAGUUUAUUGAAGGAGCAACGCUUCAUGGACUCCGCCUCCAACUCCAUGACGCCCCGCCCACAGACCCUCCGAAGCACCUCCGAAUACCAGUCCCAACCCAGCAGUCCGUAUUACCAUGGCAAUUGCCCUCCCUUGCGCCGCCACGCCUCCAACCCCCCAACUCGCACCCACAGACGAGUGGAAGCCGCCAGCUCCACUACCGGUCCAGAUGCAGCAGCAGCAGCCGAGUGCGAGAUUCCCAGAAUUCCCGGCGGCAGAAGUCCUUCUUCCUGGUCUAUAGAGGAAGUGAUGCAGUUUGUGCGAGACGCAGACCCCACGGCGUUGGCGCCACAUGCGGAGCUGUUCAGAAAACACGCUUAAAAGUAAAACUCGGGCUCUUAAACACUGCGCACAUUGUUGCAGAACCCUGAUAGGUUCUGAGCAGCGCCGUUCGCUCCGACCGCCCCCUCUCCUCGCAGCUAAUGUCAUCAGAGAGAGACACGAAGACAAACAGAGAGCGACAGAUAGAAGAAAGACAUGCCUGCUGAGCGAGGACAUGCGUCACCAGUGUUUAGAUUUCACCUGGCAGCGUCCUCUCUGAAACAGAGCCGGUCUCUGGAAAACAUCACAUCUGCAUCCUGUGCGCACACACACACACACACACACACACACACACUCCUCUCUAUCUCACACACCCUGACCCUGAGGCUUCAUCAGACCACAUUUCACUCGGCCGUAUUGUGUCUGUAUAAACAUUUAGCUCAGUAUUUGUAUCACAGCACAUGAGUCUGCCUCGUGUUCAACCUCUAUAAUUACAAUAUUACACCAAAAUAAUGUUUAAAAACUACCCAAAUGGUGUGUUUUGCCCCCACGGCAUCAGUGUGUGUGUGUGCGUGUGUGUGUGUGUGUGUGUGUUUUUUCAACGACGUAAAACCCUCUGCCGUAUUCAGUGUUUUCAGCAGCUGCCCUGAAUCUCAGACAUUCCUGUUUAUUCCAUUUAAUAAACGUUAAAAUAUUUUUCCCGCUCUUUUGUCACAUGCCUGCCUUUUUCACAAAGCCGGUCUUGGACUUUUUAGAAUUUAUUUUAGAAGCUACACAAACACUGUAUGGAGCACAGUACAGGGACACCUGAGUAGCCAUAUGUGGUUCUUCUUCAAACUGUUGCUACAAACAUGCACAAUUCCCUUCGAUUAAACUUAGAGUUGCAAUGGGGUGGAAAUUUAUGGGAAAUUUCCAGAAACUUUCCAUGGGAACUUUAUUCUGGGGAAUUUUGGAAAUAUGCCAAGUUGGAAACAUAAAUAAUUUAUGGGAAUUAAUACAAAAUAAAUGGGAAAAUAUUUAUCAAUUGUAUCAUAAAAAACAUUUACUUGAAUGCUCACCAAGAUGGACUUUUUUUUUGACGUGCAUGCGAUUGAUGAAUGUGCGGGUAGAAAUUCCCAUAAUUCCCAAUUUAUUCCCAUUAAUUCCCGUUUAUUCCCAUGGAAAGUUUCCGGACUUGAAAAUUCCUGGAAUUUUGCAACUCUACUUGCACUACGAGACCCAAACCUGUUCCAUCUCCAUGAAGAUAUGCUUUACAUGAGUUGGAGUUGAAGAUCUCCUGCUAUAGAACUAGAAACCCUACUGAGAUGAAUUGGAAGUACAUCAGUACCUGAAUUUACUGACACCCUUUGUGGCUGAAUGAAUCUCGAAUCCCCACAAAAUCUAGUGGAACAUCUUCGAGAGUGGAGGUUCAUAUAAGAGUAAAUGUGAAAUGAGAUGCUCAAAAAAACACACCCAGCAUUUUUUUUCAGGUGUCCUCCAAAAUGUUGUCCAAGUGAGAACCAUGGUGAAAAAAUGUCAUCAGGCUGUAAAUAAAGCUGAAUAAAGAA